GCCAAUGAGCUUCCACUUUGCGGUUGGGGCGCUGGUGGACUAGCGAGAAGUCUGGCUGGCAGUGCUUGGGCUCGAGCCAUGAGCUUUAAGAACGUCUUUACAUUCAAGAGUGCAGUGCUCUGUCUGCCAUGCCCGUGAUGUCACAGCUGUUCAGGGGCUUGCCUCGGGUGAAAGUCUUGUCAUCCCAUCUGUUACCAUGCCAGCCUCAAUUGGUGUCAUCCGCCUCGUGGCGCCCUAACCACAUGAGUCACACUCCCUCAAGAUGUUACCAGACCACCUCCACGCUUCACAGCUACAUCCUCACUCCACCUCAAGUAAACUCCAUACUCAAAGCCAACGAGUACAGCUUCAAGGUGCCCGAGUUUGAUGGCAAGAACGUGUCAUCCGUGAUGGGCUUUGACAGCAAUCAGCUGCCAGCAAACGCUCCUAUAGAAGACCGCCGCAGUGCUGCAACAUGUCUGCAGACGAGAGGAAUGCUGCUGGGUGUGUUUGAUGGCCACGCUGGAUGUGCUUGCGCGCAGGCGCUCAGCGAGAGGCUCUUUUACUACAUCGCCGUGUCCAUGCUGCCGCACGACACGCUUUGCGAACUGGAGGCCGCGGUGGAGGCGGGCCGGGCACUCAGUCCCAUCCUGCAGUGGCAAAAGCACCCCAACGACUACUUCAGCAGGGAGGCUCAGACGCUCUACUUCAACAGCCUUCGCACCUACUGGCAGGAGCUCAUCGAUCUCACCAACCCAGGUGACGUCCCCGACACCAGGGAGGCUCUCAUGAACGCCUUCAAGAGACUGGACAAUGACAUUUCUUUGGAGGCUCAGGUCGGAGACCCAAAUGCUUUCCUGCACUACUGGGUUCUGAGAGUGGCCUUCUCUGGAGCGACGGCAUGCGUGGCUCACGUCGAUGGAGCUGACCUGUAUAUAGCCAAUGCAGGAGAUGCUCGGGCGGUGCUCGGGGUGCAGGAGGAGGACGGUUCCUUUACCGCUCACACACUCUCUAAUGACCACUGUGCCCAGAACGAGGAUGAGGUGGCUCGGAUUCGUGAAGAACACCCGCCUUCGGAGAGGAAGACUGUUAUACGACAGGACCGUUUGUUGGGCCUGCUCAUGCCCUUCCGAGCGUUCGGCGACGUAAAGUUCAAGUGGAGCAUCGAGCUGCAGAAGCGAGUGCUGGAAUCUGGGCCCGAUCAGCUGCACGAAAACGAGCACACCAAGUUCAUCCCGCCCAACUACCAUACGCCUCCUUACCUGACGGCCGAGCCCGAGAUCACCUACCACCGGCUCAGACCGCAGGAUCGCUUCUUGGUGAUCGGUUCAGAUGGCCUCUGGGAGACUCUGCACAGACAGGAAGUGGUCCGCAUCGUCGGCGAGUAUUUGACCGGCGUGCACCAGCAGCAGCCGCUCACCGUGGGGGGCUACAAGGUCACCCUGGGACAGAUGCAGGGGCUGCUGGAGGAACGCAAGGCUCGCGUGUCGUCGGACUUCGAGGACCAAAACGCAGCCACCCACCUGAUGCGGCACGCCGUGGGCAACAACGAGUUCGGCACGGUGGACCACGAGAGGCUCUCCAAGAUGCUGUCGCUGCCCGAGGAGCUGGCCCGCAUGUACCGCGACGACAUCACCAUCAUCAUCUCCCAGUUCAACCCUCAUGUGAUCGGAGCGCGGCGGCACGAAGAGUAAACACACAUUUACACUCUUGUUCAUAUAUUUUAAUACCUGACUUUAUUAUUUAUGGGAAUUUAAAAAAAGACAUUUGUACACAGGAAUGAUCCACUUUUGUAGUUGCAGAGCCGACUGUAUUAUUGUGUAUCAUUUUGCGAUACUGACUAUACACACACACACACACACACUAUAUUCUGUGUGCAUUGGCACCGUGGCAAUAUUAUUUUGUGCCAGAAGUGAGUUGAAAGUAUCUUUUCCAGGUCGGAAAAUAAAUUCCUAAGAGCAGAAUUGACAGUACGAAAAAAAAAAGAUGUAAAAGUGUAGGGAUGAACUAACAUCAACAUUUCUUGUUCAAACCGAUAAUGAGGAAGCCGUGGCUG